AUGCUGUCAAAGCAGAAGGCGGCCAAGCGGGCAGCCAUCAGCGCUACCGUGCGCAGGGAACAUCAGGCCCGCGAGAAACUAACGCGGCCGGACACGCAGCUGCACACGUCCCGCAACAAGGCGGCGGCGACGGCAUCAACAUCCUCAAGAGACGUGGACGACUUUAAGAAGAGGAAGAGUCGCACCGUCCUGCGCAGCAUCGAUGAGACAGAGGCGAGCAGCGGUGCUGGCAGCCGGGCGGACACGAUCCGAAGCCUCGGCGAUCAUAUCAACACACGCCUACAGGAAGUCGCAUUUGAGGACGACCUCGACGGGGACGUCUUUCAUGAGCGCCGGGCGCAGUUGAUGGAGGAGGCGCGGCUGGCGGCUGGCGUCCAGCAGCGCGACGUGUCCACCUCCGUGCGGCAUUACCUCGGCCACCGAAGGGAGAUGCGCGACCUGGACUCGAUGCGAAUCGCUCACAAUUGCAACUCCAUUACGUGUGUGGCGGCCCUCGGUAUGGACCGCAUCGUGUAUGGCGACAAGUCAGGAAAGGUAUACCUCACAGACGUAUCCCUCGCGACCAGCGGGGUCGGCAUGGCAGUCUCUGAUAAGGCAGAGUUGCAGCGGCGGCGCAAGGUGCUUCUAGAGCCGGCGCUGCCAUCCGGCAUCGUCUCGAUCGCCAUCAGCGACACGACGGCGAACCGCCCCACAGCGCGCGAUGUCUUUGAAAAGACGACGGUGGACAUGUCGUGCCCGUCGUACGUGGCAGCUGGCGCCAUGGACGGGUGCAUCAGCGUGUGGGAGACAUUCACGAAGGCGCACAAGGGACUUCUCUUUAUGCAUCGUAAGCCCAUCACCGGUCUGCGGUUCCGCAUGGACACGGCCGUCCUCUACUCUUGCUGCGAGGACGGCACGCUGCGGGUGUGGGUCGUGCCGCAGAUGAUCGCCGUCGACAAGCUCUUCGGUCAUGAGGGUCCCAUUCACUUCCUGGAUUGUCUGCGCAAGGAGACGGCGGUGACGGUCGGCGAAGAUGGCACGAUGCGCUUCUGGAAGAUGGAGGCGGCCACCCAGCAAGCGUACAGCUACGCACCUCCCCGGCUGCCUGAGAAGAGCGCCACCGCAGACGCCGCCGUCUCGUCGCCAGCGCCUCCUCCCAACGUCGUAAUGGAUGCUGUGGCGAUGCUUAACGAGAGCAUCAUCGUGGCGGGCGCGAGGGACGGCACCGUGGUGGUCUUCGACGUAAACCGUCGCAAGCCUCUUGUCGUGGUUCCAGCUGCGCAUGGUUGUGGCUUCAUCGGCGACGGCACGGGGCUCGAAAAGGCAGCGGCGGAGCUGGCGGAGGAGGACGGUAGGGAGCGAUUGGCACGUGGACACGCGACGGCAUCGUCUUCCGCCUCUGGCGAGGCGACUCGGCGUACUCCAAAUCCUAUCACCGCCGUGGCCGCCGUGCCGUAUGCUGAUAUAGUAGCGACCGCCAGUUACGACGGCGUAGUACGUGUGUGGCACGUGGUCGGUGUUGGCGCAGGUGCAACAGCGCCAGGAAAGCGCACAGAUGACAACCGAAACAGUGACCCAGCGCUCUCGUCGGGGAAGUGGGCGGCGGAGCCGCAACUUGUCCCAGUCGCAGAGCUGCCUGUUCGAGCUAUUGUCAACGCGCUUCACUUUAGCGACAACGGCAAUGUCCUCAUCAUUACCAUGUCGAAGGAGCCUCGGCGUGGUCGGUGGGUUGUGCAGUCGAGUGCGCGCAACGGUGUCUUGGUGGUGCCACUCACCGAGUCAGGGCGCCAGAGGCUGCAAGGGGUGCGCGGGGAGAUAGAGCACAUUCCUGCGCAGCUCUUCGGCAUUGACGCCGCCGAAGAGGAAGACGCUACCAGGGAGGAAGAGGAGGAGGCGCAUGCGGACGUGCUAGGGGCUGCCGAAGCAGAGCUUAACUCAAGCGGAGAGUUACACGCUAACGACAGCAAGACCAGCUUUGGUCGAGAGGACGGCGAGGAGGUCGCAGACAUGUUUGAUAUUGGCCCAGAUGGCAUGAUGCGCUUCAGAGAGGGCGUGUCUCUUGCUGGCGGAGCUGUCGUCGCCUCGAAGAGGCGAAAAGCGAAGAGUGGUAUACCCAAAGUGCUUCGGCAGACUAAGGAGCUAGUCGAUGUGACUGUGGCGCGCAACUCCGGCAGCAACACGAAGAAGGUGCUUUCGGCAAAGAAGGUCAAGUGCGUCGCCGCCAAGAGCAAGAGGUUGCAUGUGUCUGACACCGCGCUGGCAGUAUCUAAGAAAGCAAUGAAGAAGGCAAACGCGUGA